GGCGGGGCGAGCGGCGACAGUGAAGACGUCUCCUGCUAUUCCAGUCACGGAGGAUCCAUGAGGGAUAACGAUAACAUCAGUGUUUCAGAUCAAGAAAGGUGGUUUGAUCAACAUCGAGAGCUCCACAUCUGAAAAUGGACUCCAUCUCACUGAUGGGCAGCAGUCCUGCCAUCAAAGCCUCCUUCCUUCCUAAUGGAGUGAAGAACGGGCCCAGAGAAGGCUCCAGCAAGCCUUCAGUGGCCAUCAUCGGCUCUGGGGAUUUCUCCAAGUGUUUGGCCAUCCGUCUGUUGCGUAGUGGCUUCCAUGUGGUGGUGGGCAGUCGACAGCCCAAGCGGGCGGCUGAGUUUUUUCCUCAUGUGGUAGAUGUGACCCAUCACGAGGACGCAGUAGGCAAAGCAUCCAUCAUUUUCCUGGCUAUCCGCAGAGAGCACUACUCUUCUCUCUGGGACAUCAAGCACCUGUUAGUUGGCAAAACCUUGGUGGAUGUCAGCAAUAACAGGAGGUUGAACCAGUAUCCAGAAUCCAAUGCAGAGUACCUCGCUUCCUUAUUCCCAGAAUCUGAUGUGGUGAAAGGGUUUAAUGUCAUCUCGGCAUGGGCUAUGCAGUCAGGCCCUAAAGAUGCUAGUCGACAGGUGUACAUCUGCAGUAACUCAGUGGAAGCGAGGCAGCAGGUCAUCGAGUUGGCCCGGCAGCUCAGUUUCAUUCCUGUGGACAUGGGCACGCUUUCCUUGGCAAAGGAAAUAGAGAACAUGCCGUUGCGGCUGUUUUCAGACUGGAAAGGUCCCGUUCUGACUGCUGUCGCCAUUUCCAUCUUCUUCUUUGCCUACUCAUUCAUUCGGGACAUCAUUCAUCCAUAUGUGAAGAAUAGGCAAAGCUUUUUUUAUAAGAUCCCGCUGGAGAUUGUGAACAGGACACUUCCAGUGGUGGCUAUAACCCUGCUGUCGCUGGUGUAUUUAGCGGGUCAGCUCGCUGCUGCACACCAGAUCUUCUAUGGCACCAAGUUCCGGCGCUUUCCCCGCUGGCUGCAGGGAUGGUUACAGAGCCGCAAGCAGCUGGGCUUGCUCAGCUUUUUCUUCGCCUGCAUUCAUGUGCUCUACAGCCUCUGCAUGCCCAUGAGGAGGUCUGAGAGAUAUCUGUUGCUCAAUAUGGCCUACCAGCAGGUCCAUGCCAACAUAGAAAACUCAUGGAAUGAGGAGGAGGUGUGGAGAGUGGAGAUGUACGUGUCUUUCGGUAUUAUGAGCCUGGGCCUUCUCUCCCUUUUGGCCGUCACAUCCAUUCCGUCAGUAAACAGCACCCUCAACUGGCGAGAGUUCAGCUUCAUCCAGUCCACACUUGGCUAUAUUGCCCUGCUGAUCGCCACGUUCCACGCACUGCUGUUUGGCUGGAAGCGGGCAUUUGAAGAGGAGUCGUAUCGUUUCUACAUGCCGCCCACCUUUGUAGUAGCCGUGGCUCUGCCUGUCACAGUGAUUGUGGGUAAAGCUGUGCUAAUGAUGCCUUGCGUGGCCUGGAGGCUGAAGAGAAUCCGCAGAGGCUGUGAUGACAGUCAGCAUCAUGCUGAUCGUGAGAGACCUGCGGCCCAUGUUUCCCCAGAGAGAGUCACCAUCAUGUAGCUGUGUCUGUACUUCUAUAAUAGCUCAGCAAUAGCUCAGCCUCCUUCCUACCGUGCAGUGCCCAGAUGUCUUAUGUGUCCCUGCUCUGAUCAAUAGAAGCAACGGUUCGCUUUUUUUUUUCAUGCGUCCCUCGAUCUAUUAGUUGAUCUUUGUUCACGUUGUAUUUUUGAGAGUCACAUGAUUGGCGCAUGAAAUGAAUUUGGAGUCACACUGGCUAGGCAUGUGACUGGGUCUCCAUAUGAUUGAGCCUGUGGCUAAAAUGAAAUGCUCCAUUUAGGCCAUGUGCUUUAGCCAUAUGCUGUGGUAACAUUCCGUAUAUAGGAAAAUAAUCAGUGUUCUCUUAUUCCUUUUAUUUGACUGCAAUGUGCCAAAGCUUUUUAUUAUUAUGAAUGAAUGGGACAGAAUAUUUAUAUCCAUUUAACAUCUACAAAACAUUAAGUUCCUGUUAUCACUUAUGUUUUAGCAGCUUUAAUCAGCUGUUCCUUCACAAAAAUACAGCUUAUUACCAAGAAACAUAUCCUCUGUCCUUAGACUUUCCUGUGGUGGAAAGUGCUGACAAAGGAAUCUCCUUCCAUAAAUGUGACAAAACACACAGUCAUUUGCAGUAUGUGGCAGAUACCCUUACAUUUAUCUCAUUUAUACAAUUGAGGGUUAAGCGCCUUUAAGGCCUUGCAGUGCUGGAAUUUGAACUCACAAUUUUCUAGUUAGUAGUCCAGAAUCUUUACCACUGAGCUACCGCUGCCCCAAAUAUAAAAAAAUUACUGAAUAUCAAAAAUUAUAAUCUCUAUAUAUUAUUAAGCUUAUGACAUGGAGUGCCUACCAUACAAGUCUCUGUGAAUUAGUUGUUACUAUAGAAACAAUAAAUCAUUAGAACAAGUGCAAUAAUAUAACUGUUAUUUGCCUUACUAUGAAACUGUUAUAAAAUUAAUUAUUAUUAAUCAACACUUUCUGACUGAACAGCGGCGCUGUAGUGUACCGUACAUUACUUGUUUUUUCACAAUACAGUGACUCAGAUGUUAGUCAGUUUCAGGUUUAUUCAUGUUCCUGGGCAGGUAGUGUGCAGGUUCUCACAGUGGUUCUCAAGCAUAAUCAAUCUGCAGAACAGAUUUCUACAGUUUUAUGUUUGUUACUAAAAGGUCCAUGUGCUGUUGUUUGUGAAAAAUGUAUAAAAAGGGUAAAAUAUCAGUGCACAAUGCUGUGACAUCUGUGCUGUAAUGGUCACUAAAUUUGUAUUUUAGCAGCAGCACUGAGGUACACUAAUCAACUGAUUAACCAGGAUUCAUUAUAAUUCAUUUCAAGGAUACUAGAUAAUAGCCCUUGCUUCAUAACUCUGAUGUAGGAUACUACCAACGUCUGUUCACUGCAUUUAUCUAACGGAACCAAAUGACUGAAAAAAACAUGCAUUUUUUAAAAUGAAAUGUAAUUAAGUAUAUAAUGUGGAUUAUUUAAUCCAGUAGUAAAGUUUGAUGGUGUCACUAUGGUUAUCUGGUCUGUGUUGUUACUGUACAUGUGCAGCAGAUGGUGCACUUGCUUCAAAUUAAACAUGACCACAAAAUUCUGGUUCACUGAACAUCCAGGGUCAGGAGCUCUUUCACAAGUAAUCAGGAUAAGUAUUCUGUGGCAGUCACUGUAUAAGCAGUUGUCAUCAUAUAGCAAAUAAAUAAGAUAGUAAAUAAAUAAAGUUGCCACAAAGUUGUA